AUGAAUCGGUGCAGGCUACACCGAUCGAGUAGCUUAAUUACCACGCGGGCUUAGAGCAACAUCAAAACCCUAGCUUCUUUUACCUGUACCAGUUCCUCGUAUCAGUCGCGAAGCAAGCUCUAAUGGUUGCUCUAAUGCAAUCUCAAAUCACUUCUUAAGAUCCUUGAGAUAUUUCACUCUUUCACCGACGUCAAAAUGUUCAAAAAGUUUUCCUCUGAAGAAGUCUCUGCACAAAAUCAAGUCAAGGCAUCUGUGCAACGCAAAAUUCGACAAAGUAUUGCAGAGGAGUAUCCAGGGCUUGAACCGGUGCUGGAUGACUUGCUUCCGAAGAAGUCCCCUCUCAUUGUUGCUAAAUGUCAAAACCACUUAAAUCUGGUUUUGGUGAACAAUGUGCCUCUAUUCUUCAACAUUCGUGAUGGACCAUACAUGCCUACCUUACGACUCCUCCAUCAGUAUCCAAAUAUAAUGAAAAAAUUACAAGUUGACAGAGGUGCAAUAAAAUUUGUCCUUGCUGGUGCCAACAUAAUGUGUCCUGGUCUUACAUCUCCUGGUGGCGCUUUGGAUGAAGGUGUGGAGGCAGAAACUCCAGUGGCCAUUAUGGCUGAAGGAAAGGAGCAUGCCCUUGCAAUUGGAUUUACAAAAAUGUCAGCAAAGGACAUAAAAGCAAUCAACAAGGGCAUUGGAGUGGACAAUAUGCAUUAUCUUAAUGAUGGUCUUUGGAAGAUGGAGCGGCUUGAUUGAGGUGGUGUUCAAGAGCCACAACAUUAACAUCCUUGGGAUAAAGAAAUAACUUUGAGUUAUCUCUUUGUCUAUGAAAAAUGAUAGUGACCCGUUGAAGGGAUGAUGAUGUGUACCAUUUCCCAUGUAGUUUCUUCAUUUGUCACUGUAUACAGUGAAGAAACUAGUUUUAAUAUAUAUGAUCAAUCAUUUUAUUAAUGGGUUUUGUUUUGGUGGUCGCUAGAAUUAUUACAUUUUGAAUUCCUUGCUGCUUCCUUUUGUGCCCCCUGAUCUUUGCUGCUUUUUUGUAAUUAAAUUUUGAACUUGUUGAGUUUGAAUAACAUCUUGUUUGAAGGAUU